AUGCCGCUGUCGACACAGAUUGCGCGCGUGUCUGACGGCCUGCCGUUGGCGCAGAGCGUGGACGAUGGCAAGACGGAGAACGACCUGUCGGAGCACAAGCAGCAGGCCAAGCUCAUCUUUCGGCGCAUCACACCUUCGUCGGAGCCGCGGUGCAGCAUCGAGAGCGGCAAAUUCACCUUGCACUACCUCAUCUCGCCACCUCCUGCCAUGCCCAACUCGGUGGUGUAUCUGACGAUCGCCGACAAGUCGUACCCACGCAAGCUUGCCUUCUCGUACCUCGACGAGCUGUCCAAGGAGUUUGAGCGCAGCUACGGCAACCAGGUAGAGCAGAGGACCUUGCGGCCGUAUGCGUUUGUCAGCUUCGACACCUUUAUGCAGCGUACCAAGCGGCUCUACGAAGACUCGCGCACGGCGCAGUCGGCGGCGUCGUCGAAUCUGGACCGACUCAACGAGGACCUGCAGGACGUGACGCGCAUCAUGACCAAGAACAUGGAGGAUCUGCUGUGGCGCGGAGACAGCCUCGAUCAGAUGUCGACCAUGUCGUCGUCUCUGCGCGACGAGUCGCUCAAGUACCGCAAGGCGGCUCGACAGAUCAACCUGGAUGCGCUCUACCGAAAAUGGGCGCCCGUAGGUGCGGUCGGCUUGCUCUUCCUCUUUAUCAUCUGGAUCAAGUUCUUCUGA